UUUAGAAAUGAAAUUAUGCCAACUAAGCAUUUACUUGCUUAAAAAUGUUUUUGUGAACCACUAUGAUAAAUUUAGUAUUUACUUUUCUUUCAGCCUGCUUGAAUUUCCUGAAGUUGUGCAAAAUAAAGUAUUACAAUUAUUGUCUUAUUCACAAUGUACAGAGGGAUUUUAUCAUACAAACUGGUGAUCCUACAGGGACUGGCCGUGGAGGAGAGUCUGUUUUUGGUCAACUGUAUGGUGAUCAAGCAAGCUUUUUCGAGGCUGAAAAAGUACCAAGAAUUAAGCACAAGAAGAAAGGCACUGUGUCCAUGGUGAACAAUGGCAGUGAUCAGCAUGGAUCUCAGUUUCUUAUUACUACAGGAGAUAAUCUAGAUUAUCUUGAUGGUGUUCAUACAGUGUUCGGUGAGGUGACAGAAGGCAUGGACAUAAUUAAGAAAAUUAAUGAGACCUUUGUUGACAAGGACUUUGUACCAUAUCAAGAUAUCAGGAUAAAUCAUACAGUGAUUUUAGAUGAUCCGUUUGAUGACCCUCCUGAUUUAUUAAUUCCUGAUCGAUCACCAGAACCUACAAGGGAACAGCUAGAUAGUGGUCGAAUAGGAGCAGAUGAAGAAAUUGAUGAUUUCAAAGGAAGAUCAGCUGAAGAAGUAGAAGAAAUAAAGGCAGAAAAAGAGGCCAAAACUCAGGCUAUUCUAUUGGAAAUGGUGGGAGACCUACCUGAUGCAGAUAUUAAGCCUCCAGAAAAUGUGCUGUUUGUGUGUAAAUUGAAUCCAGUGACCACUGAUGAAGAUCUGGAGAUAAUAUUCUCAAGAUUUGGGCCAAUAAGAAGUUGUGAAGUUAUUCGGGAUUGGAAGACAGGAGAAUCCCUCUGUUAUGCUUUUAUUGAAUUUGAAAAGGAAGAAGAUUGUGAGAAAGCGUUCUUCAAAAUGGACAAUGUCCUUAUAGACGACAGAAGAAUACAUGUGGAUUUUAGCCAGUCUGUUGCAAAGGUUAAGUGGAAAGGAAAAGGUGGGAAAUACACCAAGAGUGAUUUCAAGGAGUAUGAAAAGGAACAGGAUAAACCGUCUAAUUUAGUUUUGAAAGAUAAAGUAAAGCCCAAGCAGGAUGCAAAAUAUGAUCUUGUACUAGAUGAGCAAGCCGAAGAUUCAAAAUCAAGUCACUCACACACAAGUAAAAAACACAAGAAGAAAACUCGUCACUGCUCUGAAGAAAAAGAAGAUGAGGACUACAUGCCGAUCAGAAAUACUAAUCAGGGGCUCUUCCAGUCAGACGUCAACCUGGAUUGGCUGAUUCUGGAAGAACAGGUCUGCUCCGAUUCCCAUCAUUAG